GUGUCGUCUGUCCGCGAUAGUUUGUUGCGCGAGAAGCGCGCCAUGUUUCUCGAAUGCCGCGCAGACUCGUGUGGGGUGUGACAACCGUCGUCUCGUCUUUGUGCGUCGUUUCCAUGCGUUUGGUUUCCGUUGACCGACUUGGGCGAUCUUGAGCGCCAAGCAGAUCUCUCCGCCUUGCUCGUCGGUGGUGUUUCGCGGCGGCGGGGGUGUGGUGGUAGUGAACAUCGGUCACGUGGUGUGUGGUGCUGCGCGCGUUGUGACUUCGCUGUUCGGUACGCGAUCUGUGGUAUAGAAGGAGGUGCGAGGCCGCCAACGGUGACGUCGUCGGUGGGAGUGAGCGAGUCGGCGGAUGUUGUGGUGAGGUGCCAAGUAUCGCGCUAAAUGGUGUGCCCGUCGUUCCGGUGCGAGUGGUGGGCGUUCUGACGAAAGAGUCACUAAUCGUCGAAGAGGAGGCUUGGCCGGAUUUUCUUCCCUGGAUUCUGGUUUUACCGUGACCUCGGUUUAAUUGGGAGCGACGUCUACGGCGAUGUGUCCUCGGAAAAAGGCGGCGCCUCGGACGAUCGUCCCAUGACCGCGUGCCGCGACCGCGCCGACGGCUGGUGCCUCCGGUCAGGCCAGGCGCGCGCACGGCGACGCCGGCGACGAGGAACUCCGUGACGACCAGCAGUGUCCCGAGAGAAGCAGCCACCGGCACCGCAGCGACCACCCGGUUGACCGACGGGAAAACCGCAGGGCCCUGCGCGACGACAAUAAGGCGGCCCCGGCGGCGGUGUUGCGAUGCGUCCGGGCAGUAGUGCGUCCCCGGCGUCAGCAGCGGCCCGUCCGGCACGCUGGUGGUACGGAGGUUCGACGCGGCUGCUGCUGGCCCUGGCCCUGCAGCUGGCCAUGCAGCGCAGGCACGGGGGUUGCGGCGCCGCCGCCGUGCCGGUUACCACGCAGCGCCACAUCGGCAGCAUCCCGGGGGACUUCAUCAUCGGCGCCCUCUUCCCCGUCCAUCAGUCGCCCGACGCCAAGAACGCCCAGACGCGCACCUGCGGAGAGGUGCGCGAGCAUUACGGCAUCCAACGUGUGGAGGCGUCCCUACAGACCAUCGACGACAUCAACCGGAGCGACACGCUGCUGCCCAACGUGACGCUGGGCAUCGAGAUCAGGGACUCGUGCUGGUACUCGCCCACGGCCCUGGAACAGAGCAUCGAGUUCAUUCGGGACGCCAUCAGCGCCCAGGACCACCACGGGUGGGGCGUAAACGUCACCGGCGGCGAGGUGCCGGCCAACUGCCCCAGUCGGGGACCGCCGUCCAGACGCAUCAAGAAUCUGGUCGGCGUCAUAGGACCGGGCUCCUCGGCAGUCACCAUCCAGGUGCAGAACCUGCUGCAGCUGUUUAACAUUCCGCAGAUAGGCUACUCGGCCACCUCCCGCCAGCUGAGCAACAAGCAGUUCUUCAAGUACUUUCUGCGCGUGGUCCCUUCGGACCAGUACCAAUCGCAAAUGAUGGUCGACGCCCUGCUCAUGUACAAUUGGACAUACAUCUCCACCGUGAACACCGAAGGUAACUACGGCUACAACGGCAUCGACGAGUUCACCAGCCGGGCCAAGGACGCGGGCAUCUGCGUGGCCAACUCGCACGCUAUACCGACGGACGCCGACGCCGACGACUACGACAACGUGGUGCGCAGCCUGGACAAGUUCGCCGCCGCCCGGGUCGUCGUCUGCUUCUGCGAGGGCUUCACCGUGCAGGCCCUCAUCAACGCCACCAACAGGCUCCGCGUCGCCGGAAAAUACGUCUUCUUCGGCAGUGACGGCUGGUCGGACCGCCAAGACGUGGUGAAGAACCAGGAGAAGGCUUCGGUGGGCAGCCUCUCGAUCCGGUUCCACGCCAACUACGACCACGACUUCGACCGCUACUACUUCGGUCUGGACCCGUUCACCAACCUCCGGAACCCAUGGUUCAAGGAGUUCUGGGAGGUGCGCUUCAACUGCUCGCUCAGCAUUGGCCCCGGAUCGGCCAGGUACAACAGGACUUGUACAGGUAAAGAGCAGCUAAGAGAGGGCCACAAGCAAGACACCAAGGUCGAAUUCGUAAAGAAGUCCAUCUACACAAUGGCUCAUGGCCUGCACAACAUGCACCGGGACCUGUGCCCCAACACGUCGGGCGUGUGCCCGGCUAUGGUGCCGGUAAACGGCUCCAUCUUCCUCCAGUACCUCAUGAACGUCACCUUUGACUGGGGAAACGAGACCGUCUUCUUCCACGAGAACGGAGACCCGCCGGGACGGUACGACCUGAUGAACUACCAAAAGCUUCCGGGCACGCAGCACUUCGACUACGUCCAAGUAGGCUCGUGGAUCAACGGCGAGAUGCGCAUGACGGGGGACGUCCAGUGGAACAGGGCGCAAGUCAACCCGCCCAUCUCCAUAUGCUCCCUGCCCUGCGAGAAGGGGAAAGUGAAGAGUAUUCACUCCGAGACGAUGAAGUGCUGCUGGAACUGCGUCGAGUGCAAAGAGAACCAGGUGGUCCUGGACGAGUACACCUGCAUGGACUGCGAGAGGGGAUGGUGGCCCAAUGAAAACUUAACUGGCUGCGACCGGAUCCCUGAAGAGUAUAUCCGCUGGUCGGACAGCCAGUCGAUUGCGGCUAUGACCAUCGCCUGCCUUGGGUUCCUGGCCACACUGGCAGCCAUGGUGAUCUUUAUCCGCCAUAACGACACCCCCGUGGUGAAGUCUUCGACGCGGGAGCUGUCUUACAUCAUCCUGGUGGGCAUGUUCCUCUGCCACGGCACCACGUUCGUGCUCCUGGCCAAGCCCACGGCUCUCACCUGCUUCGUGACCCGCGUCCUGCCGGGCCUCAGCUUCGCCAUGAUCUACUCGGCCCUGGUCACCAAGACCAACCGCAUCGCCCGCAUACUCGCGGGCUCCAAGAAGAAAAUCAUCACCAAGAAGCCGCGCUUCAUGAGUGCCACAGCCCAGGUGGUGAUCACGUGGCUACUCAUCUCUGUCGAAGCGGCCAUCAUCGGCGCCAUGGUGGUGCUCGAGCCACCCGACUACAUGUUCGCCUACCCGGCCCUUGACCGGGUCAAGUUGAUCUGCAACACCACCACGCUGGGCAUCAUCGCGCCGCUGGGCUUUGACUUCUUUCUCAUCGCCAUGUGCACCGUGUACGCGGUCAAGACUCGCAACGUGCCCGAGAACUUCAACGAGGCCAAGUUCAUCGGCUUCACCAUGUACACCACCCUGGUGAUCUGGGCCGCCUUCGUUCCCAUCUACUUCGGCAGCAAGCACAAAGUGAUCACGCUGUGUCUGUGCAUCAGCUUCUCGGCUGAGGUGGCCCUCGUACUCCUCUUCCUGCCGCGCGUGUACAUCAUCAUCUUCCGGCCGGACAAAAACAACAGGAGCGCCUUCACGACGUCCAAGGACGUGCGCUGCCACAUCGGCUACAUGAACUCGGCCGUCACGGGCCCCGGAGGAAGCAGCGCGGCCGCCGCGGCUGCUGCGGCCACCUCGGCCGUUUCGAGAAACUCGUCCCAUUCCACGUCCGAGUUUUCGCUCGAGUCGCCGAGGAACCACUCCGGAGACACGGUUCUCAAGCCCCCGCCGACGCGCAGCAAAAGCCUGAACCUGCUGGAGCGCUUCCGUGCGAGCAAGCAAGACCGCAUCGCGGCCAGCGUGGCGCAGCACAUCCGCGCCGUUCGAGCCGCGGAGGCCCUGGACCGACGCACGAGGCUUCGCCACUCGGCCGAGCCCCUCUUCGGCCCCAACAAGAUCCCAGCCACACGGACCUCCUCGGACUCGCCGCCGGGCGCCCAAGAGCGCAAGCGCCUCGUCGGGAUGCUGCAGCACGCGUACGGGGCCGACGGCCAGCGGCUCCCGCAGACCGCGGGCGCCGUGGGCCCCCGGCAGGAGGCGUCCUGCCAGACCACGGACGACCUGGUGGAGAUGUGGCUGCCCUGCCUCCGGAGACGCAUCGUCCGCUCGGAGACACUCAUGUCCACCCUAACCCCCGAAGAAGACGAGGACCCCGGAGGCGCCCUGGCGCCGGGCCUCCGGCACCGCAAGCUGUGCCGGCACGUGCCGGCAGCCGUGGGCGCCGACGAUGACGUCUCGGACGUUGUGUUUCGUGGUGGUUCUUCGCAGGGCGCUCUGCCGCCGCCGCUGCGCUACGGCAGGCCGGGCUCGGAACGGUCGGCGUUCAAGAGCGACGAGUCGCUCAUCGAGGGCGCCUCUUCUAUCGUGGAGGAAAGCGCCAGCAGCGGCAGCGAGGACGCCGCCGUCUACAAGAACAUCAUCAUCAGCCUGGGCAGUCCGGACACGGUGCGCGUUCGACAGACUCCCGCGUCUCCCGUGAUGGUUCCGAGGGACGUGCGCGAUGACACCCUGCCGGCUCCUGUGACGCCGUCACCCUGGGCCGAGGUGUCGGCUCAACUUCUGCUCAGGUCGUACAACGGUAACAAUGCUCAAGGCGCCGCGGCGCCGCCAACGUUCUGGCCCGGCCCUUCUGGGCGUUCAGACCAGGAACCUUUCGGCAAGUGAACAGGGAGCUCUGUUUGCCCUGUUUGCACUCUUUCUAGCUGGUUUUCACGCGCGAGGUGAGGUAUGGCCAAAUGAGUUUCCAUGAAUCGGCUGCCGGCAGCCAGAUCACCAUGGUAAGGCUCCCUGUCGUCGUACUGACCGACAACAUACUGUCUUUUGACAAGAGGUUAUCGAAGAAAUGCCAAGUCACCAACUGCUCGCAUACCGGCCGCCGACGAUUCAAGUGGAUAUGACAUGCAAGAGAAUCCGGCGUUUUGACGUGAAGGCUUCGACCACGCUGCUUGGAUGUUAGGACGACAUGUUUCUACGGACGCAAAAGAGACUCCGUAUUGUCUUCCUGUCGUCCAAAGUUAUCAAUCGGAGCCGUAUGGUCCCCCAGUCUUGCUGCGAAGCCUGUUUGUGUGAACCCGGCGGAGUAUUGUUUUCUUCUAGUCACCCUUCACCUCGGAGCUGCUUCUCCAUCGUGUUCGGUCUAAAAAAAUACAGCUACGGCUUUAGUUCUAUAACGUUGCUGUGAAUGAAGGAUGACGCCCUCGUAGAAGAGACGCAGGCAGCACAUGCGCCAAAGAAGCUUUUCUGAAAUCCUCGCAUGCUUGAAGUGUGCCCGUAGUUUCCUAGUGCAUAGAAACGAUUACCCUGUUCGCACUGGCCAACUGAAGGUACCUGUAAUAUCUGCACUCAACAAUGAGCAAAUGAGAUUGCUCUUCAUUCACACGUAGCAUGAGCACGUGACUCAAAAUCGCUAGGUGAUUCGCCGAUUGAAGAGGUACCUUAGACCUGCCUUUAUGAAUAGGGUGAAAAGAAAAAAAAUAUUGAGGGAGUUUUUUUAACUCUCCAUCAACACUCGACAUGCACAGACUUGCAAAAAAAGAAUUAUUUGUUUUUACUUUUUUUUGUAGCAUGAAUGACGUUUGUAGGAGAGGUGCGGGGGAAGUUUGGAAAUAUUUUGUGAAAAUAUUCGUGAUGGAGGGAACCAAAUCAAUCAACACCCGCCCAACAUUGGAGGGAACACAGGUA